GCUGGAGAUAACUUCAGACUAAAAAGCCCCAUUGAUAAUGGAGCUUUUCGAAACCAACCCUUAUUACUUUACAGACCAACGCUUUUUCGACAGCGAAAAUGUGUUCCCCUCCCGCUUGCAGGGGUUUGAGCAGACCGUCUACCAGGAGCGGCUGGGGAGCGGCUUGUGUCCCGACGCCAGGUCUCUGGAAGGCAGCUUGGACGAGCACGUGUACUCGGUGUCAGAGCUCCAACAACAACAGCAGCAGCAGCAGCAGGCACAGCAGAGCUGCCCCGGCCAGUGCUUGCUGUGGGCGUGCAAGACCUGCAAGAGGAAAUCCGUCACCUUGGACAGGAGGAAGGCGGCUACCCUGAGGGAGAAGAGGAGGCUGAAGAAAGUCAACGAGGCUUUCGAGGCUCUGAAGCGCAGCACUUUGCUGAACCCCAACCAGAGACUGCCCAAAGUGGAGAUUCUCCGCAGCGCCAUCCAGUACAUCGAGAGGCUGCAAGCUCUUCUCAGUACCUUGAACCAACAGGACAAACUGCACUACAGUGGCAGCAACACACGUCAAGCGGUCGGAGUUCCCAGCGAGUGUGGAUCAAACAGCGCCUCCUGCAGUCCGGAGUGGAGCAGCUCCUCUGACCAUUGCAACACUUCAUUCAACAAUCCCAGAGAUCACUUACUAUCUGUGAAUAAGGCCCAGUCAUCUGGAAGUACCAGCUUGUGUUCUCUCUCUUCUAUAGUGGACAGUAUCACACCGGAGGACUCACCCAGCUAUCUAGAGGACAACACCCCAAACUGAAUGAUAACCUUUGGUUUUUCCAAUGUGUCUUUUUUUAUAAUUGAAGCUUUUUUUAUUUUUAUACAGUUUUGAUGUGUGUUGUGCAUAAGGUUUGUUGAGUCAAAAGGGUUGCUUUAUUAGAGAAAAUAAGUCAUUCCUAAUUCUUAAAGCUGUAUAAAAUGGCCAAUCAUUUUUUUAUGGAGCUUUAUGACCAAUGUGUGCUUUU